UGUAGUUCUGUUUUAUCUUUCAACCUAUAUUUUUCUUACAUUGUAAUCUGACUGGUGACUUGGAAAUUAAAAAUUACUUUUAUAUAAUAUUUACUUAUCAAAUAAAAUUUUCUUUGAGGACGUAUAUAAAAAUGACCUAUUUAUCAAGAUGUUUAAUUGGGAGGACAAUUCCAACAUUGCCAAAUAUUCUUAGAUCUACCUCUUCAUCUUAUAACCAAAAGGCAAUCGUCCCCGUAGCUAUAAGAGCUUAUGCAUCAUCAGUUUUAACUAAAAAUGCAUCGAAAGUUUGUUUACAAAAUAUUAACCAGCAAUCAAAGAAGUUUGCAGGUCCACUAACUUUAUUUGCUAAUCAAAUUCGAGCAUCAAGUACAGAUCACGUGCGUUUAUGGCAGCUUGAACGACUUGUAGCAGCAGCAUUCAUUGUCGUCUUUCCAAGUGUUAUUUUACUCCAAAAUUCUCUGGUGGAUCUUAUUUUCUCCGUUCUAACAGUAGUUCAUUUUCACUGGGGCUUGGAAGCAAUCAUUGUUGAUUAUGCUCGACCAGCAGUGGUUGGUCCAGUUUUACCAAAGGCUUUGAUGGGUUUAUUGUACGCAAUAUCAAUUGCAACACUUGCUGGUCUUGGAGCAUUAAUUUUUAACGGACCAGGUGUAGGAGGCUCAAUUAAAAAACUAUGGAUAGAGAAUAAAAAGUAAAUUUAUCUAAUGCAGUUUUAGAAAAUUGUGGUGUGUUCAUAAGUGAAAUUAAUAAAACAAUAUUUAUGUAUUAAUUGUCAUAUAAUACAUUAAGUAUUAACGUAAUAUAAUCUCCAAGAUAAUAAUAAUAAUAAUACUCUCAA